CUAUGAACAAAAGAAUUUCAAAACAGAAGCCAAGAACAAGAGAGAAAUUCGAAUGAAACACCUUAAAGAAUAAGUCAACGGUAGAGAUUUGCUGAUCGAAGAUGUCGUGGCAAACAUACGUUGAUGAUCAUCUGAUGUGCGAAAUCGAGGGCAACCAUCUGACGGCUGCCGCCAUUAUUGGCCAUGAUGGCAGUGUGUGGGCCCAGAGCGCCACCUUCCCCCAGUUUAAGCCUGAGGAGAUAUCUGCCAUCAUGAAGGAUUUUGAUGAACCUGGAUCUCUUGCCCCAACUGGGCUGCACCUUGGUGGCACAAAGUACAUGGUGAUCCAGGGAGAGCCUGGAGCUGUGAUCCGUGGAAAGAAGGGUUCCGGUGGCGUCACUGUGAAGAAAACCUCCCAAGCUCUUGUUAUUGGUCUUUAUGAUGAGCCAUUGACUCCAGGACAGUGUAACAUGAUAGUUGAGAGGUUGGGUGAUUAUCUCACUGAUCAGGGCCUGUAGGGGCCAACGUUGUGGCUUCAGGAUGCAGUUUUUUGCCUCUGGCCAUGAACUAGCAUGCAUUGAUGAUCUUGCUCUGCGAAAUAAUGGCUUGGGGACAGAGACGAUGAUUUAUAUUUUUUAUCAUAGGGUCACUCAAUUUUCUUCUUGAUUUCUUUUCUUAAUUUAUGCUUGAGAGUUUGAAUUCCAGUUGGGUUUGUUUUCUAUUCGAAGAAGUUUGAUAUCACAUCAUAUAAUGGCUGCCUUCAUGUAAUUUGGAUGGCUUAAAGCAGUUAAUCUACAGGAAUACCGAGUCCAUAUGCAGGA